AUGAUCCUCGGGGCACUUGUUCUGGUUUUGACCCUCCACAACUCGGGCGUCCCGGCACAAAACAACAGCUCCACAGAGCCGCUCAGGCUGGUGGGAGGGGCCAGUCGCUGUGCUGGGACUGUGGAGGUCAAACACAAAGGAGAGUGGAGACGGAUGACCCAUAUCUAUGAGGACCUGAUGGAUCAGGGCCUGGAGAAUGCAGCAGUGGUGUGCAGAGAUCUGAACUGUGGAUCUGUUCUUCAUGUAGACACAAGAUAUGGCCUUCCAAAGAGUCCUGCAUGGGACGUGUCUUACUGUGGGUGGACGUCUCCAGUGACACGGUGUCUCCAGGAUUUGGGUAUUAUCACAGACGAGGGCCUGGACGUGGUGUGCUCAGACUUUGUGCGUCUGGACUCAGGGCCCAGUCCGUGCUCAGGAUCAGUGCAGAUCUGGAACCAGUCCUGGACCAGUGUCUGUGAAGGGGCCUUGGACCUGCAGAGUGCAGAGGUGCUGUGCAGGGAGCUGAGCUGUGGGGUUCCUUUUCUCUUCCAGGGGGCGCUCUCUCCUCUGGGGCAGAUGUUCCACUGUGAGGGUCAUGAGUCUGCUCUGAUGGACUGUCCCCGCUCCCACUCAAGCACCUGCUCCUCUGGAGCCACUGUCAACCUCACCUGCUCAGAGCCGCUCAGGCUGGUGGGAGGAGCCAGUCGCUGUGCUGGGACUGUGGAGGUGAAACACAGAGGAGAGUGGAGACGAGUUCAGUCCUGGGCGUCUGGGAGCUGGAUCUUUUAUCUGGCUUGUGUCGACACCUGGACUGUGGUGCUCCUGUUUAUGGAUAUGACAGACAUCAUUUUCCAGAAAGUCCUGUAUUCUCGUCAGGGCCUGGAGGUGGUGUGUUCAGGCGUCCCGGCACAAAACAACAGCUCCACAGAGCUGCUCAGGCUGGUGGGAGGGGCCAGUCGCUGUGCUGGGACUGUGGAGGUCAAACACAAAGGAGAGUGGAGACGGAUGACAAAUAAAUAUGGCUACCAGAUGGAUCAGGGCCUGGAGAAUGCAGCAGUGGUGUGCAGAGAUCUGAACUGUGGAUCUGUUCUUCAUGUAGACACAAGAUAUGGCCUUCCAAAGAGUCCUGCAUGGGACGUGUCUUACUGUCGGUGGACGUCUCCAGUGACACGGUGUCUCCAGGAUUUGGGUAUUAUCACAGACGAGGGCCUGGACGUGGUGUGCUCAGACUUUGUGCGUCUGGACUCAGGGCCCAGUCCGUGCUCAGGAUCAGUGCAGAUCUGGAACCAGUCCUGGACCAGUGUCUGUGAAGGGGCCUUGGACCUGCAGAGUGCAGAGGUGCUGUGCAGGGAGCUGAGCUGUGGGGUUCCUUUUCUCUUCCAGGGGGCGCUCUCUCCUCUGGGGCAGAUGUUCCACUGUGAGGGUCAUGAGUCUGCUCUGAUGGACUGUCCCCGCUCCCACUCAAGGACCUGCUCCUCUGGAGCCACUGUCAACCUCACCUGCUCAGAGCCGCUCAGGCUGGUGGGAGGAGCCAGUCGCUGUGCUGGGACUGUGGAGGUGAAACACAGAGGAGAGUGGAGACGAGUUCAGUCCUGGGGCGUCUGGGAGCUGGAUCUUUUAUCUGGCGUGUGUCGACACCUGGACUGUGGUGCUCCUGUUUAUGGAUAUGACAGACAUCAUUUUCCAGAAAGUCCUGUGUGGGCGGUCUACUGUCCCUGUGUGAGGAGGAUCAAGUCUCUAGUGAGAGAAUGUGUCCUGCAUGAACUCUUGGCAGAUUCUCGUCAUGGCCUGGAGGUGGUGUGUUCAGACUCGGUGCGUCUGGACUCAGGGCCCAGUCUGUGCUCAGGAUCAGUGCAGAUCUGGGACCAGUCCUGGACCAGUGUCUGUGAAGGGGCCUUGGACCUGCAGAGUGCAGAGGUGCUGUGCAGGGAGCUGGACUGUGGGGCUCCUUCUCUCCUCCAGGGGGCGCUCUCUCCUCUGGGGCAGAUGUUCCACUGUGAGGGUCAUGAGUCUGCUCUGAUGGACUGUCCCCGCUCCCACUCAAGGACCUGCUCCUCUGGAGCCACUGUCAACCUCACCUGCUCAGAGCCGCUCAGGCUGGUGGGAGGAGCCAGUCGCUGUGCUGGGACUGUGGAGGUGAAACACAGAGGAGAGUGGAGACGAGUGUUUAAUGAAGGUGAUAUUUGGAGCCUCUGGGGCCCUCAGGCCACAGCUGCUGUGUGCAGAGACCUGGACUGUGGCUCUGCUGUUUCUGGAGACAUAAGAGACGGUUUUCCACAGAGUCUUGUGUGGAACAUCAUAACUGACUGUGUGAAGACGUCUGCAGUGAGAGAGUGUGUCUUAGGUCUCUGGAAUUUUAUGGAUGUCGAUGCUAUAAACCGCAGCUCCUCAGACUCAGGCCUGGAGGUUGUGUGUUCAGAUUUACUGUAUCGUCCAAACAUCUCCCUGUCUGUGUCUGACGGGGAAUCUGAGCUCCAGCAGCAGGGGGUCCGGGUGCUGCUGGGGUCAAAGUUCGAGGUCAAAUGCUCUGUGGAGCCACAGUACCCUGGAGGAUCCUUCCAGCUCCUCUCUCCCACUGCGCCCCUCGCUCAGAACCACACCCUGCCCGCUGUCAAUCACUCCGCAUACUUCCUGUUCUCUGACACUGGCCCCGCCCACAAAGGAAACUACACCUGUGUUUACCACCUGCAGGUGUUCAACCACAGCUUCUCCUCUCAGAGCCCCACCCUCCAGCUCUCUCUGGGAGCUCGAAACUCAGAUCUUCUCAUCAGAGUCUUGGUCCUUCUACUGUUGAAGCUCAUGUACAUCCCCCUGUACUACUACUGCAAGUACUACUACUGUAAGUACUACUACUGUCAGAGCCAUCAGGGGGCGCUGGAGUGAGGCUGUGAGUGGAUCUGGAUUCAGACCUGUUCAGAUCCGUGGACUUUGGGUCGGGUUCGUCCGUGUAAAUAUAAGAAUGAGUUGAAUCGUGUUUCUGUUCUGUUGAUACUUUGCGGCCGACGUCUUGGACUUUCCCUGGAGGUGUGAAGCUAA